ACAGAGUCUCCAACAACAACAACAGAGGCUACAACCACAACUACAGCUGUCGCAACCACUACUACAGUUGCUCCAACAACCACUAAGGAGUCUCCAACAACAACUACAGAGGCUACAACCACAACUACAGCUGCUCCAACAACCACUACAGAGGCUACAACAACGACUACAGAGGCUACAACCACAACAACAGCUGCCCCAACUACAACUACAGCUGCUGCAACAAGUACAGAGUCUCCAAAAACAACAACAGAGGCUACAACCACAACAACAGCUGCCCCAACUACAACUAUAAUUGCUGCAACAACAACAACAGAGUCUCCAACAACAACAACUACAGAGGCUACAACCACAACUACAGCUGUCGCAACAACAACUACAGCAGCUCCAACAACCACUACAGAGGCUCCAACAACCACUACAGAGGCUACAACCACAACUACAGCUGUCGCAACUACUACUACAGCUGCUCCAACAACCACUACAGAGGCUACAACAACGACUACCGAGGCUAUAACCACAACUACAGCUGCCCCAACUACAACUACAGCUGCUGCAACAACAACAACAGAGUCUCCAACAACAACGACUACAGAGGCUACAACCACAACGACUACAGAGGCUACAACCACAACUACAGUUGUCGCAACUACUACUACAGCUGCUCCAACAACCACUACAGAGGCUACAACAACAACUACAGAGGCUACAACCACAACUAUAGCUGCCCCAACUACAACAACAGUUGCUGCAACAACAACUACAGAGUCUCCAACAACAACGACUACAGAAGCUACAACAACAACUACAGCUGUCACAACUACUGCUACAGCUGCUCCAACAACCACUACAGAGGCUACAACCACAACUACAGCUACAACCACAACUACAGCUGUCACAACUACUACUACAGCUGCUCCAACAACCACUACAGAGGCUACAACAACCACUACAGAGGCUACAACCACAACUAUAGCUGCCCCAACUACUACUACAGGUGCUGCAACAACAACAACAAAGUCUCCAACAACAACGACUACAGAGGCUACAACCACAACUUCAGCUAUCGCAACUACUACUACAGCUGCUCCAACAACCACUACAGAGGCUACAACAACCACUACAGAGGCUACAACAACACCUACAGCUGUCCCAACCACAACAACAGUUGCUGCAACAACUACAACAGAGUCUCCAACAACAACGACUACAGAGGCUACAACCACAACUACAGCUGCCCCAACUACAACAACAGCUGCUGCAACAACUACAGAGUCUCCAACAACAACGACUACAGAAGCUACAACAACAACUACAGCUGUCGCAACUACUACUACAGCUGCUCCAACAACCACUACAGAGGCUACAACAACG